AUGGCCAUUCCCAGGGUUUUGCUGGUAUCGGCCCUGGCGUUGCUGGUCCCAGUGACCGCUCAGAAGGGGAAGGACCCUCUGAAGGACUUUUGUAGACGAUUUGGGCAUCAAACGGCGGUGAUUGAUAAUAAAUUGUUUAUCGAUGGCGGUUUCGUGAACUACAGUCCUCUCGACCAAAAUCCUGAGAAUUACACCAGUAUAGUACCUAGAUCUCUUGACCCCCUACCUACCAAUCCACCGUCUCGUCUCAUCCUUGCUAAACGCUCGGAGUGGAGCUUCUCGCUAACGUCAUCCAUCGCAGACAACCGAAUCCUCUAUGCCGACUUUGACGUCAACAAUCAGGGUAUGCCCCAGGCCUAUGCCAACCUCAGCAAACCUAGCAAAGUCCCCUCCGUGAACGGCGGCAUUCUGUGGCCCGAUACGGUCAACAAGAUCCUGUACCAGUAUGGUGGCGAAUUCGACGACAACGCUGACUCUGCGAACUUUACGUUAUGGAUGUAUGAUGCGCUCUACAACACCUGGAAUAAGACCAAGGAAGACGACACGCAAGAUGGGAUCCAGCGCGCCAGCUAUGGUGCUGGCGUCACGGUUCAGGAUCGCGCCGUGGGCUAUUACUACGGCGGAUGGCUGAGCAAUGCCUCGAUUCCGGGCUGGGGCGAUUCAAACCCCAUGGCGCUCUCGCAUUUGCUGUCGUAUGAUAUGUUGAAGAAUACGUGGACGAACUCCUCGGGGCCGGAUUCUGUCGGUCGCGCUGAGGGUUUCAUGGUGUAUGUUCCAGCGAGUGACAGCGGCAUGUUGAUUUAUUUUGGGGGUAUCCAGACGCCGAAAGAGAAUAAGACGAUGAUAGGGCAACCGAUGGAUGAAAUUCUGCUAUAUGACAUCGCCAACAGCAAAUGGUACACGCAAAAAGCGACCGGGGAGGUGCCCGAGGAGCGCAGACGGUUCUGCGCCGGGGUCGUCUGGGCGGACGACCGAUCCUCGUACAAUAUCUACGUCUACGGGGGGUUGGGAGUGCCAGCGGGUCUAGGGUUCGAUGAUAUUUACAUUCUGUCGCUUCCGUCGUUUCGGUGGAUUAAAUGGUAUCCGCCCAGCCCCGGAACCGGAUAUCCUCACCACUCUCUGUCCUGCGAUGUGGUUGGAGCACAGAUGCUCGUCAUGGGCGGCACCUUCACCAACAGCUCGUCGUGCGACGUGCCAACCAUCUACGGCAUGCACAACAUGGAUCUGGGGAAGCAGAACUCCCUCCACCAAAAUUGGGCCUCGUUCAAGAGCAAUUUGACGAGCUAUAAAGUCCCUUCGGAGGUUUCCGACGUGAUUGGAGGAACCGGAACCGGCAACGCCAAAGUCAAAACGCCCUCCGGCGGCUUCAACGAUCGUGAUCUCCAAACCUACUUCGACCGCCAGUACACGGCUGCCACGCGAUCCCCAACGCGCGCCAUUCCGACCGCCACCGGACCAGCCGACUCAUCCUCGUCCUCCAAGCCCGUCGGCGCGAUCGUUGGCGGCGUAAUCGGCGGCGUCGCCGGUGUUCUCAUCAUCGUGGGUGUUGUAUGGUUCUUUCUACGACGGCAACGCAAGAAGAAGCAAGCUGCCGAGGCUGCCAACGCCACGACCGCCCCGACCAGCGAGCCGCCAACGUCACUUUCAUCCCCCACGGCAGGCAGAUUCGGCUACACGGACCCCAAAAACACACCCGCUGAUCCUGUUCCUCUCUUGGGCGAUAGUAUCGCUUCCCAACAUACGCAAGGCGACGAGCAGAGAGUCGCGGGUACGAGGCAUCAACGCUCACCCAGUGAGCUCGAUCCCGCUCCCUUGGUCGAGUUAUCGUCUCCUGAAGCGGAAGCCGUCGCUGCCUCGAGGGCACAGUAUUCCACUACUACCUCGAGUGUGUCUCCGGAGGGAUCUGCGCCUGGGGGCUGGUGGCGACCGGACGGGGAUGUCGGGAAUGGGGCCACGCACCGGUGA